GUUUCAUCUGUUUAUUCUAGAAAACUUAAAAAUUACAUAAUUGGCUCACAUUCUGUUUUUGGAUUCUAGAAGUGUGCUGUCCAGUGGAACUUCCUAUAGCGGUGCAUGUGUUCUGUGUCUGCACUGUGCAAAGAUGGCAGAUACUAGCUCCAUCAAAGAGAGAAACAGAAAUGAAGGUACAUAUGCAUACGAAAUUUUGCCUCAUUUGUUUGCUGACAUUUGUUUUCCAUCAUUGCAACCAUUGCCAUGAGGCGCAUGACCACGGUCCCGAGGAGCUUCGCAGACAUCAUCGUGGAAUGGCAGAUGUGGAUCCCAGCAAAUUUUCUGUGCAGGCUGAAAAUGAAAAAAAAUACUAUAUUGAAAAACUUUUCGACCGUUAUGGUGAAAAUGGAAGACUUUCCUUUUUUGGUCUGGAGAAACUUCUAACGAACCUGGGGCUCGGAGAAAUAAGAGUAGUUGAGAUUAAUCAUGAGGAUCUUGGCCACGAUCAUGUUUCUCACUUAGACAUUCUGGCGGUUCAGGAGGGAAAGCAUUUUCAUUCACGUAGUCACCAGCACUCCCACAAUCACUUAAAUGCAGAAAAUCACACUGUGACCAGUGCAUCAGCAAAAAGAAACCAUAAGUGUGAUCCAGAGAAAGAGACAAUUGAAGUGUCUGUGAAAGCUGAGGACAAGCACGUGCGUGACCAUAAUCAUCGCCCGCAUCAUCGCCAUCGUUCGCACCUCCACCCUGACCACAACGCGACCCGCCCUGUCCGUAACGAUUCCAUGGCUCACGGUGAGCGUGCGGAGCCUCGUCAUGGACCUUCAACAGAGACCAACAAAACACAAGAGCAACCUGAAAUUAAGUCGCGGAAAAAAAAUAGGAAGAACAUCGAGGAGAAAAGCAGCGAAAACCCCGAGGUUAUCACACCGCGUUUCCUCCCGAGCCGCGAUCAGGGGGAACAGUAUGAGCACAAUCGAGUUCACAAACCUGACCGUGUGCACAACCCAGGUCAUCCUCACCCGCAUGCUCCAGAGCGGAGCGCUCACGACCCUGAUCCGGAUAAUGAAGGUGAACUUCGACACACGAGAAAGCGAGAAGCACCGCAUGUGAAAAAAAGUGCAAUUUAUUCCGCUGCUAGCCACAAAGAUCAUAGUGAAGAUGAUCGCCAACACGAAUGUUUGAAUGUCACUCAGUUGCUAAAAUACUAUGGUCAUGGUGCCAGCUCUCCCAUCUCACCUGAUCUGUUUACAUACCUUUGUCCUGCGUUGCUGUAUCAAAUUGACAGCAGA